AUGGUUCAGCUCACAGAAGUCACUGACGAGGAGUUUAUGCGCGAGCAGGAAGGUCCCGUUGACGACGAGGACUGGGACACGGACUCGGAUUCCGAUACUUCGUCUGUUCACUCGGUGCAGCCCGAUGAGACAUUUUUCGAGCGCCUUUCCGCGCUGCAAGAUAUGAUUCCGGCCAGCACACGGCGCUCCGUCUCGUCAAAAGCAAGCACAAUCUCGUCGUGGUUCAAGAGCGGCCUGAGCAUGGGCGGCAAGACGCUGUGGGUCGUGAGCACCAGUGCGCUGCUGUUGGGUGUGCCGUGGGCUUUGGCGUACAGCGAGGAGCAGAUGAUUGUUGAGCAGGAGAGGGCUGAGUUGCAGGCACAGCGCGCGCAGAACGAGUUCAUGGCUCCCGGUGCGCCACUUCCAGGACAACCGCAGGGCGCAAAGCCGGCUUUGUAA